AUUAUAAUAAAAGAUAUAUUAAUAAUUUUUAUUGGGAUUAUUAUUUUAAUUUUAGGAGUAUUAAUUGGUGUAGCUUUUUUAACUUUAUUAGAACGAAAAUUAUUAGGGUAUAUUCAGAUUCGAAAAGGACCUAAUAAAGUAGGAUAUAUGGGAAUUUUUCAACCUUUUUCUGAUGCAAUUAAAUUAUUUACUAAGGAACAAACUUAUCCUAAUUAUUCAAAUUAUAUUUCAUAUUAUUUUUCUCCAGUUAUUAGAUUUAUAUUGUCAUUAAUUAUUUGAUUAUUAUUUCCUUAUUAUUUUAAUUUUAUUAGAUUUAAUUUAGGGGUUUUAUUUUUUUUAUGUUGUACAAGAAUAGGGGUUUAUACUGUAAUAAUUGCUGGUUGAUCUUCGAAUUCGAAUUAUUCUAUAUUAGGGGGGUUACGAGCUGUGGCUCAGACUAUUUCAUAUGAAGUAAGAUUAUUUUUAAUUUUAAUAUCUUCACUUUUUAUAAUUAUAAGUUUUAAUAUAAUUUUAUUAAGAGAAUAUCAAGAAAAUGUAUGAUUUUUUUUUUUUUUAUUUCCUUUAGCUUUAAGAUUAUUUUCUUCUAUAUUGGCAGAGACUAAUCGGACUCCGUUUGAUUUUGCUGAGGGGGAAAGAGAAUUAGUAUCUGGAUCUAAUAUUGAAUAUAGAAGAGGGGGAUUUGCUUUAAUUUUUUUAGCUGAAUAUUCAAGAAUUUUAUUUAUAAGUUUAGCUUUUAUUUUAAUAUUUAUAGGUGGAUAUAGAAUAGAUUUUAUUUUUUAUUUAAAAUUAAGAAUAAUUUCUUUUUUAUUUAUUUGAGUACGAGGAACAUUACCUCGAUAUCGAUAUGAUAAAUUAAUAUAUUUAGCUUGAAAAAGAUAUCUUCCUAUUUCAUUAAAUUUUUUAAUAUUUUAUAUAGGGAUAAAAAUAUUAUUUAUAUAG